AAUUCCUUAAAUACUGCGCGACAUUCAAAGUUGUCUCCCGUAUUACCAAUAUAUUUGUCACGAGUUUCAAUAAACCGGUCGAUUUCUCUACACUCGCUUCUUAUUGCUUCGGUACAGCUCAAAUAUUGUAACACGGUUACUUCUGUAUUCGAGUUUCUAUUAGCUUGGAUUGCUGGGUAUUUAAUACCAGGAUAUAGAAAUGUCCUAAAGAAUCCUGUUCCUACUUCGUAACAAGAAUGCACCUAAAACUCAGGAUUCGUUUUUUAAUAACAAUAUUUCUGGUACUAUCUUUUUCAAUUGCAUUUAUUUGGAGAUUUCAAGAGCUGAAAUAUACCGAGUUACUAGGAAUAUGGACAUUUAAAAGGGAAUCUGAUAGGCUUAAGCCAAUUUUGAUUAAAUCUGUUGGGUAUCAAUGCGAUUCUCAUAACAUAAGUGUAUUUCAAACUCAAAUUAACAUAUAUAAUAAAGUCCGUCAUCAGUCAAAUUCUUGUAUUAACUGUCAAAGCUCCAUAGUAGUUUUCACACUUUCGAAAUCCUCACCUACAAGCAGAUAUUUGGUUCAUAUUAUGAAGGUCUUACUGAUCCCACAUCAUGUUAUUUCAAUGAAGCAUGCUCAACUAAGUAAUAUUUCAGAUCUUCUGCAUUCGAUUUCACAAAAUGAACAUAUUAGGAUAAUAAUAUUCGAAAAUUUCGCACUUUAUACGAACUUACCACCACUACAAAAGUUACAACUUGAUACUCUCUGCAAAAACUACAAUAUUGGGGUGGUCGGGUUUCUGUUCGAUGGUGAAGGUUUCACUACUGAAGGUGGCACGUGGUCUAAGGUUAGUUAUCCUCAUUUUUGCGGUUAAAUAAUACAACUGAUUUAUCACGCCAUCGAUUUAAAAUAGGCUAUUACAAACGACUACUGUUAUGCUUCUACUUAUACUUCGGUAUCUGCGUGUACUGGGUUCAACUAACGCAACACUGAGCAUUAUGUUGACGUUGAAUGACUAAGGUUAAACAAUUGACGUCGAGUAGCUGGCGGCCAUAUAAAAGUUUCCCUACCUUUUCUACUAUCUAAAGUUCAACUAAAAGUUUCUUUAUCUGUGUUACAUGCGUGUUCAUCAGUCCAACUACGUUACCAUUGGUGAAUUGCCACUCUACAUCCAUCGAUUAAGAAAACCUCCACAAGGAUUCUAUACAUCUCUGAAUGCAUCAAUACUUAGGGUCACUCGUUCCGGUCGCAUGAAUCCUGACACACUUGAGAUUGAAAAACAGAUUAACGGAGCUGGAAACCAAUCACAAACUCAAACUGUUUGUUGCAUGGCAACGUUGGUUCCUUUUACGAACAACAAACAGUUCUACAGCACCAUCGCAUUUACUAAAACUGGGGAAUAUUCUAAACGAAUACGAACUUAUGACUCAUUACCGAUUGAUAUGAAGAGUUGUGCUGAUUACUCCACAGAAUCUCACAGUGACACGUUUCCAGUUUACCAAAGUUUGGUUUUAGAAGAUGUUGGCUUAUUUGAUGGAAUUCAACGUGUUCUUUUUGCUUUCCGUCCUGGAGGAAUUUGGGUAUCGUCGAUAUUGCUACUUGACACUAUUGUCUACCUAUCAAAAGGUACUUUCCACGCUUCUCCGCCAUCGUCUCAUCCUUUCAGUUCGCAGUUUAGUGGUAUUGUCUCAAAAAUGAACAUAUCAUCAUCUUUAAAUGAACUUGAUUUACUGCGGUGGGUCCUAGUUGAUAUUGAUGAUGUGUUUGUUCCAGAUCGUAAUGUGCAUCAGUCAAUUGAUGACAUAAAUGCUAUGAUCAAAGCGCAAAAUUACUGGCGCACUUUUAUACCAGGAUUUACAUUUAAUCUGGGAUUCUGUGGUGCGUUUCUCAGUAAAUCACGUUGGUCAGAUAAAAUUGUUUACAAUUACAUUUUACAAAAUCGCCAUAGAUUUUGGUGGUUUAGUCAUUUAUGGCAUCAUGGUAGACCUCAUAUGAUGAAUAAAACAUAUAUUCAACAAGAUAUAGAACGCAAUCAAGUAUUCGCCAAGGAACAUGAUAUUCCAGUUCAAAUCGGUUAUUCUAUUGCGCCUCGUCAUUCUGGAGUUUAUCCUGUAUAUCCUGACCUUUAUGAAGCAUGGCGUACUGUGUCAAAUGUAAAUGUUACAUCUACCAUACAUUAUCCUUAUGUCAGAUCAUCUGAUUUUCGUUUGGGCUUCCGUUACAAUAAUAUUCAGGUUCUUCCUCGUCAAACCUGUGGAAUUUACACUCAUACACCUCAUUCCGAGGAUAUACGAGGCGGAAUGAAACAGUUAAAUGAGUAUAUUUUCGGCGGGACACUAUUUAGCACGUUUCUGUUCAAUCCGGUGUCCAUCUUUAUGACACAUCUUGUCAAUUAUGGAAAUGACCGAGUAGCUCUUUAUUUAUUUAAUGCUAUUUUUGAAUUCAUGACAAAUUGGACAAAUAUUAAGCUAAUUACAUCACCUCCUUCGGAAUUAGCUAAUAUCUACUCCGAACGUUUCAAAUUAUACGGUGUCAAUGAACUUCCUUUAUAUUCAGAUCCUUGUCUUAAUUCACAUCUUCAUGACUUAUGGCCAAGUGAUUGGCCGUGUGGGUCAGAUCAUUUACCUAGUUUUAUUAUUAUUGGACCUCAGAAAACUGGUUCUACAGCUCUAUUACAUUUUCUUUUAUUAAAUCCUGAAUUAAUGUCUAAUAGAUUCCAACAUGAUUCUACUUUUGAGGAGUUACAAUUUUUCAGUUCUGAUGAUAUUUAUUCACGUGGUGUACAUUGGUAUAUGAACCAGUUUCCGAAUAAUUCAAUUGUAUCUCCAACGCAUGCUUAUAAUUUUAACAAUAAUAGGUCUAAUUAUUUAAAAAGCUAUACUGCUGAACAAAUACGAUUUGAAAAAUCAGCUACGUACUUUGAUAAUCCUAAAGCUCCAGCACGAAUUUAUGCUUUAAUGCCCAAGGUGAAAUUGAUCGUUCUUCUACGCAAUCCAAUUGAACGAGCUUAUUCAUGGUAUCAACAUCGUUUAGCCCACAGAGAUAUUGCUCCACAGUUGUUGUCUUUUGUUGAUCUGAUGCGGUAUGGUCAUAAUCUAACUGAGGCUACUCUACUUAGCAUUGUACCAACUGAUAGAUUUUCUAACCUUUCUAUCGACAUUAAUAAUUCAAGUUUAAUGCAACAACUUGUUUCAAGCAUUAACCACUUAUGGUCUCGAUGCACUGGUCCAGGGAAUUACGAACAACAUUUACGUAACUGGCUGACAUAUUUUCCGGCCUCACAGCUCUUACUUUUAGACGCUGAUAGAUUUUCUCGAAACCCGGUGCCUAUCAUGAAGAUUGUGCAGCAAUUUAUAUUAGUUCGUAGGCAGUUAGAUUAUUCACAAUACUUACACUUCAAUCGUAAAAAAGGUUUCUUUUGUGUGGUUACUAGAAACGCAUUAAAUUGGAAUAAUGGUUGCUUGGGUCGAAGUAAAGGAAGAACCUAUGAACAAUUAGAUCGCAAUAUUUUACUGCCAAACUUAAUGGAAUUGUAUUUCUCUAAGGCUAAUCAUAAACUGUAUAGAUUAUUACAAAAAUAUCCUCUAUGGAAUAGUGCAUUGACAUUAAAUACACAUAAACUUCCAUCAUGGAUUAAAAUGAGUAAUUAGCUUAUUAAAGUCAUUUGUCUCCUGGUUAACUGCUUGUACAAAAUAUUGCCAUUUCUGCAUUUCUUGAUUAAUAAACUUCAGAAAAUCAA